GAAGCCAGAUGUCACUGUUCCUGACGCGAAGGUUCAUUUAUUGAAGCACUAUCGUUGUCAUCGAGAGCAGAGUUGGCGACUUUCUCAGUCGGUCUGGUUCUGUGGAAGAGUUUAAGUUCACGAGGUUAAUUUUCGCUUUUAACACACGGACACCUACACGUUAAAAGGUUGUGCACACCAGUAAUGCACUCGCCGUGAAUCCUACAUGGUCUUAUUCAUGGCUGAAGCGACAAGAACCCCAGAAGCGUUCCAUUAACACAAACGGAGUCAACAGGCUGUCACAGCUAACGUUUACCUGAAGCGUACGUUACAUCACAUCCCGUUCGUGUAAUACGCCAUGGAGCAGAAUGGAUCCGCUGGUGGAAACCCCCACCCAGAAUGGGAAACAUUCGACGACGACGAGGAAGAGAGAAAAGACUUCUCUGAAAAAUACGACAGAGAUAACAUAAAAGAACGGAAUAAGUCAGACUCCUGGCAGCUGUCUUCCAAAGUGAAUGGUACCACGAAUGUCAAGAGGGAUCUGACGCACUCCGCCGCGGCGGAGGCCAUGAACGAAACCACCCCCCUCUGCGCUGAGGAAGUCAGUUUCAAGUCCCUGUUCCGACAAAACUGGCACCCAACCAUUGUCUACUGUAGCGUUUUCUGGAGUUUUGGGAUGUGUGUGGCGUUCCUAGGACCGACGCUGUUGGAUCUUGGGUGCCAGACGUCCACGGAUCUGAACCACAUGAGUUGGGUAUUCUUUGCACAAUUACUGUGUACACUUAUUGGGUCUAUAGCGGCCGGUUACUUGGUGAGAAGCUGUGAGAUAGAUCCGAUAUCCACGGACGUUAUCAUACUUGUCUCCACCAUCUUAAUACCGUUCUCCAUGUUCGUUGUUCCCUUCUGCGGGGUGUUGUCGACGCUGGGGGUGGUGCUAGCUCUCAUGGGGCUCAACAUGGGAGUGAUUGAUUGCUUGGCAAACUUACAGAUGAUCAGUUUAUAUGGGGAGCUGGUGGCGCCAUUUUUACAGGCGAUGCAUUUUUGCUACGGCUUUGGCGCCUUCGUCAGCCCGAUGAUUGCCGAACCUUUUCUCCUGAACGAAGACUGCACUCCGUUUAUUAUAGGGGUAGAAAAUAUGACGGACGCCGACGGUCUCAUCCCCCUUAACGACUCAUCCCUACCCGCACACAGUGUCUCUGAAGCUCAAAGGAUGACUCAUGUGAAAUACGCUUUCUGGUUGAUGUCGCUCGUUCAGCUGCCAAUUCCGCUUUUGGUGUGCAGUCUUGUCUUCAAGGACCAGCUAUGCCGGGCGCUACGCAAUACUUUUGGAGACUCCAAGUUAUUCUCGGCAGAAAGCACUCUGUCUGUCAAUCACUCCGCAGCAAUAAAUGGUGACAUGGAACUUGAAGGGAAAGGGGAGACAAAAUUCUUCAGCCAGUUCCAUCACAUAGCAGGAAUAGACCCAAAGACAGAGUUCAAGAUCAGCAAGAAAGAAAUUAUUGGCAUCUCAGCCUUGACAGCUCUUAUUCUAUUUAUGUAUGACGGUUUACAAUCAGUAUAUGGAGGAUAUGUUUACUCCUAUGCUCUCAAAAGUAUUGUUGGUCUUAACAAGACAGAGGGAGCUUAUCUGAACGCUUUAUUUUGGGGCACAUUUGCUCUUGGUAGACUUGUAUCCAUUCCACUAGCCACCAAAUUUUCUUCAGCAUUUAUGCUUAUCUGCAACAUAUCUGGUUGUGUGAUAUCUAUGAUAUUAAUACUGAGUCUGCGGCACAAUCACAUUGCCCUGUAUUUUGGUACAGCUUUCUUUGGGGCCUUCCUGAGCAGUGUGGCUCCCACCACGAUAUCUCUAGCAGAACAGUUCAUAGAUAUCAACUCCACCAUUACCACAGUAAUCAUUGUCAGCGCUGCCAUGGGAGAGAUGAUAUUUCCAGUGAUAGUGGGACAGAUGUUUGUUGACCUUGGUCCAGUCAGUUUUCUGAUAUUUGAAUGCAGCAUCUGUAUAUUUUCUUUACUCGUAUAUGUUGCCAUAUGGAUGGCAGGCAGUGGGACUUCAAAAUAUAAAGCCACAAGUGGCGGUUCAUUCGUAUGGUGCUCAGCACAUAUCAACAAGCACAAGACGCAUGAAAAAGGGACUGUCAAAACCACUGUCAAAUAUUACAGCCGAAUGUCAGAAAGUGUCAGUGACACAGACAUGGAUGAAUACCAGGGUAUUCCAGGCUAUAAAACAACCCCACACUACCCCCAGAAAGACAUCGAACAAAACGGCCAAAAUAAGUAGAUGGAUGUCAGAAGUCGUCAUUGGCACAUGUCAGCACAUGGAUGUGAGCAAAUGUCUUUGGUACAAAUGUCAGUAGAUGGAUGUCAGAAAAUGACAUUGAAAUGGAUGUCAGAGUGGAAAUGACAUGGCAAUAAAUAAAAAAAAUUGUAGUGACACUAAAAUACCUGAGAGAAACAACAUAACCAGGAUUAAUGAAAUGUGAGGUGGUGUCAGUUACAUGUGGAUUGAUGUUGGAAAAUGCCAAUAGCAUUUGUAAGCAGUCAGAACCAGAGGUGACCUAGAAGGUGUCAAAAACAGAUAAUUCCUAAAUGUCAGAUUGUAUCAAA